CAUCGCGAUUGUGAUCCCUUUAUAUCUCUACUCCACCGUUCCUCUCUCCCUUCAACUCAACUCAAGGGAACACUCUAACGGAACACCUCACCCACCCUGUUCCGUUCCCUUCUAUCCUUUUCCCGUUCAUCUUCUUCCGUAAUUCUCUUUCAACAUUCUAAUAUAUUUCUGUGAGAGAAUCGUUUUAAGAAUUCAACAUUCUUCAGAUGGCAUCAUCAUCCUCAUCGUCAAUGAUCACAAACCCGCCAACAGCGAGCACGGAGCGGUCACGUGACGCCAAGAGAAGAAAGAAGAAGAAAACACAGGAACGAGAGGACGAGAAGCAGCCCAGGUGGAAAUCCCAAGCGCAGCAACAAAUCUACUCCUCCAAGCUGCGCCAAGCCUUAGCCAGAGUCAACCUCGGCUCCGCGUCGCCAAAAGGCAAAGCCGUGCGCGAAGCUGCCGACAGAGUCCUGGCCGUGACGGCCAGGGGAAGGACGCGCUGGAGCCGAGCCAUCCUCACCAACCGGCUCAAGCUCAAGUUCACGAAACACAAGAGACAGAGAGUGGCGGCGACGUCCCCUGGCCGGUCGAAGAGAGCUCGCGUGAGCGUUCACCGGCUGAAGGCGAAGGGUGGAGCGAGUGUGCAGAGGAAAGUUAGGUUCCUGGGACGGUUGGUUCCCGGUUGCCGGAAAGAACCGUUGCCGGUUGUUCUGGAAGAAGCCAUCGAUUACAUACCCGCGCUUGAGAUGCAGGUUCGAGCCAUGAACGCUCUCUUUAACCUUCUCUCCGCCGCUUCUUCUUCUUCGUCUUCUUCUCCUUCCUCGUAAUGUAUGUCACCUCACGUGUCUGUCCAUUUUUUAAACUGUUACUAUUAUUUGUCUCCUUUUCUCUCCACUUAAUUUGCUAAGUACAUAUUUAUCUAUCUAUGUAUCUAUCUAUUUUUGUCCCA